GAGGCCGGGCGGUCGCCCAGCCGCGUGCGGGAGCUUGUCGGGUCCCGGAACUGGGGCGGCCCGCGGUUCGCAUGUGGGGCGUCUGGCCGCUGGGACGCAGGACGUCCCGCUCUUCGUGGACCCGGGGCUUGUCCCUGAGGGCCAUGAACUGGAGCGGCAGCGGCUUUCUGGGCAGACCUGUCCCUGUCAUCAGCCGGAAACCCUCACUGGAUAUGAACAGUGUCGUGAUGUUUUGAAUCGAGUCAUGGGUUCCUUGGACCUCAUCCAAAGUAUCGAAGAUGACCCCCUCCUGGACAUCCAGCAUCUCCCCCAUCACUCGUUACAUGCUCAUUUUAGACCCAGAUUCCACCCUCUUCCUACGGUCAUCAUAGCAAACCUUCUCUUACUAAUACAUGUUGUGUUUGUUGUUUUAGCGUUUUUAACAGGCGUGCUUUGUUCUUACCCCAAUCCAAACGAGGACAAGUGCCCAGGAAACUAUACCAACCCACUGAAAGUUCAGACGGUCAUAAUCCUGGGAAAAGUUAUUUUGUGGAUUCUGCAUUUCCUUCUUGAACGAUACAUCCAGUAUCACCACAGCAAAGUAAGAAACAGAGGCUAUAACAAGAUCUACCGGUCGACGAGGCAUCUUAAAAGCCUUGCACUGAUGAUACACUCAACUGGCAACGCGGCGCUCCUCCUCGUCCUCUGCCUGCAGCACUCCUUCCCCGAGCUGGGCAAUCUCUACCUGGACCUCAUUCUGGCCAUCCUGGCCCUGGAGCUGCUCUGUUCCCUGGCGUGUCUGCUCGUGUACACAGUGAAAAUUCGGAAAUUUAAUAAAGCCAAGCCACAGCCUGAUGUACUUGAAGAAGAAAAAAUCUAUGUUUACCCCAGCAAUAUUACCUCGGAGACGGGAUUCAGGACUCUCUCGAGCCUGGAGGAGAUUGUGGAGAAGCAGGGGGACAUCAUCGUGUACCUGAAGCGCCACAACGCGCUGCUCAGCCAGCGGCUCUUGGCUUUCACGUCCUCCGACCCUGGCUCUCAGCCACGUGGGCUUUGACAGCGGUUUCAGACGGACCCACCCCCGACAAGCCAUCUUAGGGAACUGCAGCCUUGCCAAGUGACGUUUUACAGCUUUUGUUGGAAACCUAAAUUGGGUUCUCACCUGUGUGGCUGUAAUAAGUAGGACUCGAGGGUCAUGUGAAAGGCACUUUGGAGAGCCGCGGUAACUCAAGGGGAAUGUCUGUUUUGCACAUUUUGGAAUUAUAUAACUGCCCGGUUUAUCCGAGGCAUAGGUAUAGUUUAAAGUUCUCCUUGACUAACCCUUCUUGCAAACUCAUUGCAACCCUGUAAUAAUUUGGCAUUUUAUGGAAUAAGUCUGACAGGACAACCUGUUUAAAACUGGGCUUUGAGCAAAGAAGUUUUCCCUGCUUUUAAACUGGUCAGAGAAGCCGUUCUUCCUCGUGGUUAGUGUUUUCUUCCCGUGGAGCCUCAUGCAUUUCAUAUGCUUGUGUGGUGUUGGAUGCCUCGGCCCUUGUACCUUUUCUAGAGAAUUUCUUCACUGUAGGACCAAGGUCUCACUGGGGCAUCUACUUUGCAGCUCCUACAGGUUUCCAUUCUCCAGAAAUAAAGUCUGAAGAUGACUUGGACCAGUAUUAGACCAGCCAGUGCAGCUGAACUGCUUAGGGAAGACUGCAGGCUCUCUCUUUAUUUUGGCCCUUCUUGGAGAGGCUGCCAUGUGUUUCAGUAUUGACUGUCAUCAGAUCGGUACGUUCAGUGACAGGAAAGAUGUCUGUGGCUGCAAGUUUGUCUGAAAGAAAAAAAAGAACACCUUUUUCAGUCUUAGAUUAUACUUAAUAAAAAUUAUGAUGGGGAGAAAGUAUCAUAUCAUCUUAUACGUGGAUAUUAAACAUAUCUAAUUCUCCAGAUAAAAUGAAGCAUUUUUAUGAGUAGAUGACAUUUUUCCUGCAGUUUUCCUAGUAUGUCCCUUUAAUUUAUCAGUUUGCUAUUGGAACCUUCACAUGCUGCCUCAGAGAGACUUCAGGCUGAAAGCUAGCACGAGGGAGGGGAUGUUUGUGAUUAUGUAUGCUGCUAUUUUUUUUCUUGUAUUUAGCUGAAUAACCAAUAUUUGAUUUAAAAAUCCUUGAGCUAUACAUAUAUUUGGCAAGGGGUGUAUUCGCUGGGCCAUACCGUACUUUUGAAGGGCGGACAUCUAUCUCCUUCAGAUACAGCCACUGGGAAACAUUCUGCAGGUUUUCUGCUAAGGGCAAGGUGAUUGUGUGUCAUCAAUAACCAAUACCGUCGAGUCCCCAGAAUGACAGUGUUCACAAACUAAAGCCGAAAUUGUGUUUUUAAAGUUCAGAUUGUAUUCAAGUUUCCAGACUUUUCCUCCUUCUCUUCUUUCUUUCCUUUUUAGUAAGCAUAUCUCAAAGCCAUUGCCUCCUGUGGAAAUCUGUCUGUGUUCUGGAAGGGCUUUUGCCUUUAGCUGUUUUCCUUAAAAGGAAAACCCCGUGGUAGAUGAGGAAUUCUCCUUUAUUUUUAAAUUAAAUUUGGAUCUUAUAGUCAAUUUCUAAGGUUUAUGAGAUGAAUUUUGGUUUACGGAGAAAGGUACAAUUUAAAAGUUAGAAUACCCAGGUUCUGCCUGAUGUGACGUCUGUAUAAUCACCACUGCGCUUUCCAAACCCAAUAAUGAACAUUUCAAACAAUAAAAGGAAAUGGAAUUAUGAGAACUAGCAAAAAAGAAUGAGCAGAACUGUUUACAUGUUAAGCGUUCUAUGCACCAGGCAGGUGCUGUGCCAGCACCAUGGGUACAAAAGUUACUAAGACAGACCUAGUUGGUAGCUGACGUUCUAAGGAGAGGACUAAGGUUUCCAGGAUCGGUGGUAAAUGAAAUGAUGGCAGUUAGCCCAGGGUACCACAGGGAUCCGGGUCAGAGAGCUCCCUGAGGGGACAGGCUUUAGGAAUUCCAGGAAAAUGCAUGAGUAAAGAAAAAGGAUGAGCAGCUACAGAUGAUGUCAGCACUGUGUGCAGCUUGAGCCCGAUGUGGGCAGGACAUGGGAGGGGCGGCCAGCGACAGAUUCUGGGGGGCCCUUGAUGCUCCCUGUGCCCAAGGGGUCUGUGCUGGGAUGGGGUUUGCUGAAGGGUUUCAGGCAAGGAAGUGGCAGUGGGUUUUAGUUUCAGGAGGAUCAGGCUGUGCAGCGUGGAAAAGCAGGCAGCAGAGUGACAUGGCCCUGAAAUAGGGCAGGUACAGUCACACUUUAUCAAGGGUGUAUAUGUAUCUAUCUGUGAUAUGUUUCUGUAUUUUUAAUUUGGGGGUUUACUUCAAAUGACAAUAGGAUCAUGACUUACUGAAUGAAUACUAAUGCAGGUGAGCUUUUUUUUUUUCCCCAUACCCUUUGGUCUUUUUAUAAAUCUUUUGUGAUGU